AUGCACAUGGGAGCAAUUUUCUGAGAGGUGUCCCUCGUAAUAAAUCGUCAACCCAUCAACAUUAACUAACUCCAGGUUUCUGCACUUUCUCCCUUCUUCUUCUUCUUCUUCUUCUUCGUAUAUCUCUCUCUCAAUACAAUCGGAGAAAGAAGAAGAAGAUCGAAGAAAGCAGAAACAAAAACAUUUUUUUUUUUUUCAUCGAGAAAAUUAAGGUUUGGUCGGGAUGGCGAGUAAAUCGGGAUCGGAGUACAAGGAGGCGUUGCUGAAGAAAGAGGAGAAAUGUUACUAUGAGAACUGCCCAGGCUGUAAGGUGGAGCAGCAGAAGGAGUUGUACACAGGAGUCCCCAUCAAGAUGCUCAUCUCCAUUUGGAUUAUUGUGCUUUGUACAGCACUCCCAAUAUCAUCUCUCUUUCCAUUCCUUUACUUCAUGAUAAGGGAUUUCAAAGUUGCAGAGACAGAAGAGGAUAUUGGUUACUAUGCAGGUUAUGUAGGAUCGUCGUUCAUGUUUGGGAGGGCGCUGACGUCUGUGUUUUGGGGGUUGAUUGCUGAUCGAUAUGGUCGAAAACCAGUUAUUAUAUUUGGCACUAUCUCAGUGGUGAUCUUGAAUACUCUCUUCGGGUUUAGUGUAAACUUCUGGAUGGCAAUUGUUACAAGAUUUCUACUUGGAUGUUUAAAUGGUUUGCUUGGACCAAUAAAAGCAUUUGCUGCAGAAAUCUUUCCCGAUCGAUACCAAUCUUUGGGAAUGUCAACUGUUAGCACAGCUUGGGGAAUAGGUUUAAUCAUAGGCCCAGCUUUGGGGGGCUUUCUUGCACAGCCUGCAGAUAAGUAUCCUUCAUUGUUCUCAGCAGACUCUCUAUUUGGAAGAUUUCCCUACCUCUUGCCUUGCCUAUGCAUUUCAAUCUUCGCGUUGAUGGUGACGAUUUAUUCAUUUUGGUUGCCGGAAACGCUGCACAAACAUGAUUCAGCGAGUGUUUCAGCUCCCGACUCGUAUAGAACUUUAGAGGCUGCACCUGAUGUGGCUAAGGAUGGAGAAAAACCGGCUUCCAAAUUUAGCAUUUUAAGAAAUUGGCCGUUGAUGUCAGCUAUCAUAGUAUAUUGUCUCUUUUCGCUUCACGAUAUGGCUUAUGCAGAGAUAUUCUCAUUAUGGGCUGAGAGUCCCAGAAAUCUUGGCGGUUUAAGCUAUUCUUCAGAUGAGGUUGGAGUGGUUCUUGCAAUCUCAGGGUUCAGCCUUCUGGUCUUUCAGCUUUCUUUUUAUCCCAUUUUUGAGAGAGCCAUUGGCACAGUAAUGGUGUCGCGAGUUGCAGGAGUCCUGUCAAUACCCCUGUUGACAAGCUACCCCUACAUUGCAAUGCUAUCCGGGAUCACCCUUUCCGUCGUGUUAAACUGCGCAUCCCUCCUGAAAAACGUUUUGUCUGUGUCAAUUAUUACUGGACUAUUCAUUCUGCAGAACAGAGCUGUGGAACAAGAUCAAAGGGGAGCAGCGAAUGGUAUCGCGAUGACUGCAAUGUCGAUCUUCAAAGCUUUAGGUCCAGCAGGAGGGGGAUCACUAUAUUCAUGGUCAGAAAAGCGACUAGAUGCUUCCUUCCUCCCAGGCAGUCAGAUGGUAUUUUUUAUUCUAAAUGUGAUUGAGGGACUUGGUGUGUUGCUCACUUUUAGGCCAUUUCUCAGCUUCCCCCCGGCCCCCUCACAUUAAGGAAUUUGUGUAAUGCCUUCAUUUUGGUGUAAGUAAUUUGGCUCUACAUUUAAAAGGCAUGCUUAUUUUUAUUCUAGCUCAUAAAUAAUGAGAAGGGGAAGGUUUUUUGUCUUGUUUUUUA